GUGAUGAUGAGCGAGGGCGACGGGCUGCAGGGAUGGAAGGUGCAGCUCGAGGUGGCGGAGGCACGGCCGAUGAAGCACGAAGUCUGUGGAAUGGCUGUGCCGGAGCCGGUUGCAAUGGCUGCCACGCCGCGCUUGGAGCAGCGGCCUUUGCCGGCGCUGCUGCGG